AGACUGAGAGAGAACACCGUGAAAGUUGCCUUCAUCAGCGAAUUAAGAAACAGAUUCCAGAUCUUACAAGAUGCAUAUGAUGAAGGUGAGAAGGCCAAUGUGGACAACACCUGGAAGCAAGUGACCCAACUACAUGUAUACCCUGAAAGCAGCAAAAAGAAACUAGGCUUUCGCAAAAGAAACACCAACAAAGACUGGAUACAGCAGGAGACUCUAAUUGCUAUAGAGGAGAGAAAGGAAAUUAAGAAAAAGAUGCUGCAGACCAAGUCCCCACGACUGCGUGAGAGGCAAGAGGAGCUGUAUGGUGAGGUCAACAAGAGAGUCAAGAAGCUUGCACACCGUGAGAAGCCAUGGACCAACUUGCAGCUGAGACAGAGAAAGCAGCAGUACAGGGAGAGCAAGGGAGAGUUUCUUAAUGGACCAUCACCUGAUGAAGCUGUUGUCGUACCAGAAGCCACAGAGGAUCUGGACAUCGACACUGACCCACCAACUAAGGAGGAGAUAAUGAAUGUAGUCAAGACUCUUAAGAACGGGAAGUCACCAGGACACGACAAUCUUGAUGCAGAGCUAUUUAAAGCAGAUCCUGGAAUAGCAGCCACCAUCCUCCAACCACUGUUCACAACUGUGUGGGAUGGAGAGAAAGUACCUGAUGAUUGGUGUAAAGGGGUGAUUGUCAAGAUCCCAAAGAAAGGGGCCCUGAGUGAUUGUAACAACUGGAGGGGAAUUACUCUAUUGUCUGUGCCAAGUAAGAUCCUGGCCAAAAUAAUCAUCAAAAGAAUGUCAGACGCUGUUGAUGCUGUAUUGAGGAAAGAGCAAGCAGGAUUUAGGAAACAUAGAGGAUGUACUGAGCAGAUGCACUCCGCAACAUCAAAGAGCAGUGCACAAAGUGGCAGAGACAACUGUAUGUAA